AUGCGUUCUACUCUGGCUCUCGCCCUGUUCCCUCUGGCCUCGCAGGCCGUCAACAUCAUCUCCUCCAACGAUGACGGAUGGGCUGAAAUCAACCUUCGGUCGCUGUACAGCGCCCUGGCCUCAGCCGGUCAUUCCGUCGUCGUGUCUGCCCCUGCUGAGAACCAGAGCGGCACAGGAUCCAGAGAUGAGACUCCCUCGGACAGGACCGAGGCGUGCGAGUUUGAUAGCUGUCCAGAGAACAGCGGUCCAUACGGCGCCAACGAAACAGACCCUAAUCUCAACUGGGUGAACUCGUACCCGGUCACCUCUAUCAAGCACGGCAUCGACACGCUGUCUUCAGAGCUCUUCAACGGGGACCCCGAUCUGGCCGUCUCAGGUCCUAAUGUCGGAAGCAACCUCGGUCUGACCGUCCACUUCUCCGGCACUGUCGGCGCAGCGAGCUACGCUGCCGGAACAGCCAAGAUCCCUGCGAUCGCAUUUUCAGGGAAGGAUGGUUCCGCGACAGCUUGGGACGAUGACGUCCCGGACUACAGCACAAUCUACGCCGAGCUCGCGACUAACGUAGUCGAUCGAGUCGUGGAAGCUGGAACGCCGUACCUCCCCGAGGACGUCUUCCUGAACGUCAACUUCCCUUCUGUUGAUGGUUGCAGUAGCGCCGACGACUUUAGCUUCGUUCUGUCGAGACUCUUCACGGCGGUGCCGCUCAUCACGGACGACGAUGUCGAAACCUGUGGGUCGAAUCGUCUGCCAACAGAAAGCGCCGUUGUCGACACGGACGGAUGCUAUGUGAGCAUCUCGGUGGGGAAGAGCGACAAGAGCGACGCCGAUGCAACAUUGCAGGGGGAUGUGUUGCAGAAAUUGGGGGAUUUCUUGACUUGUCUGCCGUAG